AACUGUUAAAUCUGACUUUUUUUUUGCUGGGUUUGUGAAAAUCUUUGAUGGGUUUUGGGUAUUUAAGAAGCUCCCGCUCUUCUUGUCUCCCUGUAAGAGAAGUCGUAGUCUCUCUUCCUCGUUAGAGAUCUACUGUUUCCAUCUAUCUAUUCCUCUCAUUUUUUAUCUCUUUUUAGAUCUUUUGGAAGGAAGCAGAGGGAGCAAGAAGAUUAUUAGUUACAACUGAAAAUGGUGAAGAUCUGUUGUAUCGGAGCUGGGUAUGUCGGUGGACCUACCAUGGCUGUAAUAGCACUCAAGUGCCCCUCAAUUGAAGUGGCUGUUGUGGACAUCUCUGUACCUCGUAUCAAUGCCUGGAACAGUGACCAGCUCCCCAUCUACGAGCCAGGCCUCGAAGAUGUGGUGAAGCAGUGCAGAGGAAAGAAUCUUUUCUUCAGCACUGAUGUAGAAAAACAUGUAAGCGAGGCAGAUAUCAUUUUUGUUUCAGUCAACACCCCAACCAAGACAAGGGGCCUUGGAGCAGGCAAAGCUGCUGAUCUGACCUACUGGGAGAGUGCAGCACGCAUGAUAGCCGAUGUCUCAAAGUCCAACAAAAUUGUAGUUGAGAAAUCAACAGUCCCAGUAAAAACAGCUGAGGCAAUUGAAAAGAUUCUGACUCACAACAGCAAGGGGAUCCACUUCCAAAUUCUUUCAAACCCAGAGUUCCUUGCUGAGGGGACUGCAAUCCAAGACCUUCUCAAGCCUGACCGUGUGCUCAUUGGAGGCCGGGAGACUCCUGGAGGCCGAAAAGCAAUCCAGGCAUUGAAGGAUGUGUAUGCCCAAUGGGUACCUGAAGACCGCAUAAUAGCUACUAACCUGUGGUCCGCUGAGCUUUCAAAACUUGCCGCCAAUGCCUUCCUGGCCCAGAGGAUCUCAUCUGUCAAUGCCAUGUCUGCACUCUGCGAGGCAACUGGUGCUGAUGUUUCCCAGGUAUCCCAUGCUGUUGGUAAGGACUCUAGGAUUGGGCCCAAGUUCCUUAAUGCCAGUGUUGGCUUUGGCGGGUCCUGCUUCCAGAAAGACAUCCUCAACCUGAUUUACAUCUGUGAAUGCAACGGCCUCCCUGAGGUAGCAAACUACUGGAAACAGGUCAUCAAGGUGAAUGACUACCAGAAGAACCGUUUUGUGAACCGGGUUGUCUCUUCCAUGUUCAAUACAGUCUCAGGAAAGAAGAUUGCUGCUCUUGGAUUUGCAUUCAAGAAGGAUACAGGUGACACAAGGGAGACCCCUGCCAUCGAUGUGUGUAAAGGGCUGUUGGGGGAUGGAGCCCGUGUGAGCAUCUAUGACCCUCAGGUCAGUGAGGAUCAGAUCCAGAGGGACCUUUCAAUGAACAAGUUUGACUGGGACCACCCACUUCACCUUCAGCCUAUGAGCCCCACUGCUGUGAAGCAAGUGAGUGUGGUUUGGGAUGCAUAUGUGGCAACCAAGGAUGCCCAUGGUAUAUGCAUUCUGACAGAGUGGGAUGAGUUCAAGACUCUUGAUUACCAGAGGAUAUAUGAUAACAUGAGAAAACCUGCAUUUGUGUUUGAUGGAAGGAACAUUGUGAAUGUCAAAAAGUUGAGGGAGAUCGGUUUCAUUGUGUAUUCGAUUGGUAAGCCUUUGGAUCCAUGGCUCAAGGACAUGCCUGCUAUGGCAUAGAAGAGAAGCGUAAAUGGGGCUUCGCAUGCCGGCUCUUUGUUAAAACUGAAACUGAGGAAGACAGUUUGAUUCUUUAAAAUUUUUCUUUUUUUUUUAGUUUUCUGCUUAUUGCUAUUAGUCAUGGUUUAUGUUGUUUCUUACUUGUGAACACUAGUCAACUAGAAGUUACUAAUUCUUCCAUCCCGAGGAAGCUAAAGAAUCUUUCUGUUUUGCCUUACAAUGUAUUCCAUGAUGUGAUAGUGCUUUACUUGGCCAUUACUGGAUGACUAGAGUCAAUGUGUACUUGUCAUAAUAAACUGUUACAGAUAAAUUCAUUGAGGCUUUAGAAAAUAGAAAUCAUUUGUCUA